AAUUUUGAUUUGAGGCGACCCCGCUAUCGCUUACAUUGUGUCACGUGAUGUUUUAGCCGUUGGCAAUGCAGACACCGUAAGCUGCAUCAAGGCCUUACUAAUAGUCUAAGACGUUUUCAGGAGGAUUUCUACGGACAGAUAAAUGUAGUAUUUUAUGCUGAUGCUGAAAUAACUACAGAAAUAUGCUGUAUAUCCCAGUAACUGUUUUGGUAUUUGCUUUAAUGACAGCUUGUGUUUCCGGUAUAUCUAUUGAUAAGGGAAAGUACGAAGAUGUGAAUAUCGUUAUCCAAGACACUGUUGUAGAGAAUGACACACUUUUAAAAAGGAUCCAGGAUGUAUUUACAAGUGCGUCACAGAUGCUUUUCGAAGCUACCAGACACCAUGUCUACUUUGGUCAAAUAAACAUCAUAUUACCCAAGUCUUGGACUGCGAAACCAGAAUAUACCGCAAUGAAGGCACGUUCUGAGUUGGAGUCAUACAUAACAGUAGAAGCGGGAAAAAUGAUAUCUCCGCAUACAAAGCGUAGAGAAAAGAAGUGCGGACACGCGGGGCGAUACAUGUAUCUCCAUGCUGAUUUCCUACUGGAAGAAGGGAGAACUAAGUGGGGACAUCACGAAAACGUUUUGGUUCAUGAGUGGGGACACUUAAGAUGGGGAUUAUUUGAUGAAUAUCCAUUAGAGAAGAAUAAAAGAUUUUAUUUGGAAGAUGGUGUGUGGCAUCCUACCAGGUGCAGUAAAAAAGUAAAAGGAAUUGUUGGAAUGGGUCAACAAUGUUCAGCGUCAACCUCCUGUACAGUUACUGACACAACUGAAGUGAUGAAUAAAGACUGUCAAUUCUGUCCCCAUGAAACCCAAUCACAGUCCAAUUUAAGUUCAAUAAUGGCAUACAACUGGGUAGACGGGAUAACAAUGUUUUGUGAUAAAGAAGAUGAUGAAACUAUCCCCAUACAUCAGAAACAUAACAGUAAAGCUCCAAACCAACAAAAUGACAAAUGUCAAGGCCGUAGUGCAUGGGAAGUAAUGAGGGACCAUAUUGACUUCCAAUCAGAACCCCUGCCAGCAGUCACUGAUACAACCCCUGUGUUCAACAUUGUCCGUGAAACUGAUGGCUACCGUGUGUUUGUAUUAGACAUUUCUGGUAGUAUGGAUACUAAUGAAAGAAUAGAUAAGCUAUACCAAGCCAGUAAGUAUGUGAUCCAAAAGAAAAUUCCAGACAAUAGUUGGUUAGGUAUAAUUUGGUUCAACGACCAAGCUAACGUCAAAAUGAAGUUAACCCAUGUUGUGUCACAAGAAGUUCGAGACCAUCUGGUCUCUUCAUUACCUAAAAUGGCCAAUGGAGGGACAUGCAUCGGGUGUGGAAUAGAAAAAGCGUUAGAGAUUUUCAGGUUGGUUUCCACGGAUUUAAGUGGAAGUGAAAUCAUAGUAAUUUCAGAUGGUAAUGACAACGGUGGAAGCCUUGACUCUGCUGUCGAACACGCUAUAAAUGAGAAAUGUGUCAUACACACCAUUUCUAUUUCCCAAGCAGCAGAUGAAAGAAUGAUAUCCAUGGCAACAAGAACAGGAGGAAUUCAUAUUUCUUACCUUGAAACUGAGACAAUUAAUUUUGCGUCCGUCUUUAUGGGGGUUGUUUCCAAGGGGGUUACACAAGCAGCUAUGGAAUCAACCACGCUUAUAUCGGAGACGGUUGACACUCUUGGUCCAUCACCGUAUACAUUCACUUUUGAUGUAGAUAACAGUGUUGGAAAGAACACUACCGUUAGUGUGCUAAACAAGGUGUCAGGGUCAAUAAAUAUUAAUGUUGAAAGUCCGAAUGGAACCUUAUAUUCACAACAAGCCAAUGGGGACAGUCUUGUAUUAUGUAUUCCUGGGAUAGCAGAGCCCGGACGAUACAAUGCAACAAUCGAAGCAGAAUCCACUUUUGAGCACAUUGUUACCUCGGAACCAACUGGACCUGAGGUAGUACGAGUUGAUUCAUGGAUCAGUCCAGUUAAUUUUGACUUUGUCUCUGGCAAUCUACCUGUUGUGGGAGCUGAUGUAUCGAAAGGGAGAUCUGCUGUUUUAAAUGCAAAUGUGACGGCGAUUAUAGGUACAGGAGUUUCUGUGCCAUUAUUUGAUAAUGGACUUG